GGCUCGUUCCAGCCAGGAACGCGGGGAGAGGGAGCUGGAAAUGGCGGGAGGGCUGGUGAUUUCUGCCAGUUCUGUGGUUUGUGCCCGCUUGAGCUCUGCAGCUGCACCACACAGUGGUCCUCAUGUUGUGGAUGAUGGAAGAUGGUCUGAAUUUCAGAAGCCUAUGCCAGGAAUUUCUCUGUUUUCCCUUGUACCCCAGGACUUUGACAUUGCUGGCCACUUUGACCCAAUGAUUCCUGAUGCUGAAUGCCUGAAAAUAGUGCAUGAGAUCCUGAGUGAAUUGAAGCUUGGAGACUUUCUCAUUAAGGUCAACGACCGACGCAUUUUGCAUGCCGUGUUUGCCAGCUGUGGCGUCCCCGAGAGCAAGUUCCUAUCCACGUGCUCUUCUGUGGACAAGCUGGACAAGAUGCCGUGGGAGGACGUGAGGAGCGAGAUGGUGGGGGAGAAGGGGCUCUCUCCUGAGGCUGCGGAUCGCAUUGGGGAAUACGUGCGGCUCCAUGGUGGCCUGGACCUCAUCGAGCAGCUCCUGCAGGACCCAACGCUGUCUCAGAACAAGCUGGCCAAGGAGGGGCUGGGGGACAUGAAGCUGCUCUUCGAGUACCUGACGCUGUUUGGCAUCACGAGGCAGAUCUGCUUUGACCUGAGCCUGGCGCGCGGCCUGGACUAUUACACAGGGGUGAUCUUUGAGGCCGUGCUGGUGCAGCAGGAGAAUGAGCACGUGGAGGAGCCGGUCAGCGUUGGGAGCGUGGCUGGAGGUGGCCGCUAUGAUGGCUUGGUGGGGAUGUUUGAUCCCAAGGGACGGAAAGUGCCCUGUGUGGGAGUCAGCAUUGGGAUCGAGCGCAUCUUCUCCAUCAUGGAGCAAAGGGUGAAGGCCUCUGGGGAGAAGGUUCGUACGACUGAGACGCAAGUGCUGGUGGCUACGCCGCACAAACACUUACUUGGAGCAAGACUGAAACUCAUCUCUGAGCUGUGGGAUGCAGGUAUCAAGGCAGAGAUGCUCUACAAGAAGGACCCUAAACUGCUGAAACAGCUGCAGUACUGUGAGGACACAGGGAUUCCCCUUGUAGCCAUCAUAGGAGAGCAAGAGUUGACAGAUGGAGUUGUCAAACUGCGAGUUGUCACAACAAGAGAAGAGGUGGAUAUCCCCCGAGAGAAGCUGGCAGAUGAAAUCAGGAGGCGGCUGGAGCCCUGCAGCCCUUCCCCACAGUGCAGCAGGGCGCUGGGAGCUGCUGCUGGAAGCCCCUGAGCUGGGCUCCCC